AUCAGGCUGUGGAGAGGACGAUAGCGAGAUAUGUGGUGAUGCUUCUGAACACCCUCUACAAACAAUUUGAUUCCUGCAUUGAAAAGUAUGACGUGUACAAGAUGGAGACGAUCGGGGACGCUUACAUGGUGGUCUCUGGACUGCCCAACAGGAAUGGGGAACGUCACGCAGUAGAGAUCGCGGAGAUGUCGCUGCAGCUUCUGGAUGUGGUGUCCAGGUUUGAGCUGCUGCACAAGAAGGGCGAGAGGCUGCAGGUCAGGAUCGGCGUCCACUCGGGAACCUGCGUCGCCGGCGUGGUUGGCACCAAGAUGCCCCGCUACUGUAUGUUCGGCAAGACGAUCACAUCGGCUCACUUUAUGGAGAGCAGCGGCAAGCCCAUGAAGAUACACAUCAGCGAGACCACCUACAAGAUCCUGGCGCAAACGGGUCGUUACAAUAUUGAGUUCCACAAACGCCUUCAGGUGAUCAGCAAGUACCGUGUGCAGAACGGCCAGGAGGUGCAAAUGGACACCUACUGGCUGAUGGGACAUGUCAACUCCACAGAACAAGCCACACCAUCUGCCUCCAAACGCGAGGACGAGAUGCCAGCCUUCCUGCAGUAUUUCGCCGACUCAGAACCCACUCGUACACAGCGACCCACGACAACCAAUAAGUUCUGAUGCGUUAAAAUAUCUGUCCAAAAACAUAACCUAGUGAUUACAAUGUGUUGCUACAUUACUCAGGUACACCACGCUGCCUACACGUCCCUCUCUUCCUACUAGAGCAUUCGCAAACUCCCUGGGCAGUUAUCGUCGCUUCAUUUCCCAUAGUGAACUAUUUAAAAUUGUUCUUGAUUAUGAUGAAUGCGGACUGCCUGAGUCAUUAAGAAGUUAAUACGAAAAGUUGAGAGUUGUUCUCUGGUUAUUUCUCAUGUAGAGUUCUUUCUUAUGCUGCCUGUCUAGUCUUCUAUCAUCUAUCAACGGAGUAGUUCCCAAAAGCAGUCUUAGAGAAUACCGCGAAGUUAGAGAUAAGGGCAUGAUAGGCCAGUAGAUGCGAGUAUGUACUGUAGUGUAUCCAGCCAUCCCUACUCAACCCGGCGUAUUGCACAAAUUUAGUAUAGUUAGGAAAAUGAGAGUGAUAGGCUACUGUCAUGUAUUCACAACUUGGCGAUUUUUCUGUUAUUUUCUAUUACUAUAACUGUUUUACGUUGUUUUCGUGACCACUGCGUUUUGUCACAUUCCAAAGUGCUUAGAUCAAUAAUAAUGACCAUAACUUGAUAAUGAAGUGACAGCCAAAUGCAGAUUAAUGUGACUUGGAAACCGGGUAUCAUCCUCCCAGCACUUUCUUCACCAUUUUCUAAUAUUACCUCUAGUGUCUCAAGGUUACCAGCAUAUUUAUAAACAAAUCACCCGCCAUUCCAGGCUACACCUCCACAACCAUAUCCUGUCAAACUGCCCACAUCACCUUGGUGCAGCAAACUGUGCCUGGCUGGAUUGCCUGGCUGGAUUGUAAAUUAUCGACUUAAACGCACAACACCUUGUAGUAAUAAGAUGAGAGAGAGAGAGAGAGAGAGAGAGAGAGAGAGAGAGAGAGAGAGAGAGAGAGAGAGAGAGAGAGAGAAUCUGCCUAUGCCACUGACGGUACAAUGCAUAAUGUAACAAGACGUGUAUGUGUUGUACCUUUUUAAGUGUAUGAAACUUAACUUUUUCAGCUGUAGUAUGUAGAGACUUAUGCACCCACAGAUAAAGUGUAAGUGACUUGAAUAAACGACUAAC